AUGGUGGCAGUCACGCUACUAAUAUCUCUGGUUCUUAUCGUGGCUAUACUAUUUCUCCGUUGCAAUAAAAGUUGUCAACACAACCUGACUUCGGUUACUGGACUGGGGAGGUCCCAGCAUCCCGCAUUUCAUGGGGAUCGCUCGCAACAUCUGCACAAUGCUCAUUCCUAUGCAGGAACUGGCUGCUCUCCUGUCGGUCUCUAUUCACCAAGUCUCAAUGGCUCACCCAUGCACGCUAGUACCAAUUCUCAGCGUGUUAACUUUCAUGCCGGGCUAGUAAACUCCGACAGUCUGCGACAUACUCUACCGCAUUCACACGUAGCAGGGUGUCUUGCGACCGAACUAUAUCGCCGUAGGUUUGAUGAUGCUGGUGAGGGAGGGGUCAUUCUGCAAACGGGAACCCUGCAUUCUGAAAACAUUUUGUCUCCACAAGACGUACGAGCAACAUCUGAGGCUCUGCAAGGUAAUGAUGUUCACAGUCUGGUGUCAAGUCCUAGCGGGAGUGCCUGGCUGACAACUAUCGCUAAUACGCUGAUGUCCAGUGGAAGUGAGGCCUUAGUCACCAGUCUCCCUGGUAACUGUCUUGUCAAUGGUGGAAGUGUAAAUGUGGCAGGACUGGAUAAAGUUGGUGAAUAUAGAUGCGAAGCGGUUCUGCCGACCACGGGGUGCCCCUUUUCCGAGUUCUCAGGCACCAUAUUUGACCAAAACGCAAAAGGCACAGUUCAUCUACCAGGGAAAGAGAAUAUUAGAGAGCAAGCGCAUUUAUUUAUGACACACGAGCACCAAUCGGCCGAUGGCUACUGCACAGUAGCAAAACGAGAUAAAUGUGAGGAUUCGGACACUCUUUAUCCAAUGAAAUCUACUGUUUCUGGAGUGGGAACCAUGGAGACAGAGGGUUAG